AUGAAGCGAGAGUGCCUUAACAAACGUCACCAGGUGACAGCAAAAGAACAGAAAGCACGGCAAGGUGGAAAUUGGACAUCAGGGGAAAAGCAGAGCCAGAGCAAGCUGCCUGUUUGCAAGACCGAGGAGGGAAGAUGCGUGGAACCACGUGAUGACAGCUACGAAGUUUUUUGCUUUGAGGAACGCGAGGAAAACAAAAACGAAGGGGGCAGUAAGGAAAACAGCAACGGCAACAAGGGAAUUUACCAAACGCAAAUGGAACUCACAGUAUGGUCGCCGUCGGCAAACGGCGCAGACAAAUGCGAUGCAAACGGGCGCAACAGCUGGUGGAGAGCGGGCGUGUUUUGGGGGAUCACGAGAGAAAGAGGCUGUUCUUAUCUGACAGGCUAUCUGUCAGGCACCUUGGGUAGGGUUUGCUGGAUAAGAGCGGCUGUUGGGUGUGCAGAGGCAAAGAGAAGCGAUGGGGGCGGGGUGUUGGUGGCACGAUGGUGUAUGGAAAAACGAGUUGAAGAGAAACAGAAAAACGAAGAUCUUGAGAAAUCCGGGGACGUCAAGAUGUUUUCUUCAUAUACAACGUACUAG